AUGUCCUACAAUAAAAUGGUAAAAGGUGCCACCAAAAUAAAAAUGGCACCACCAAAGGCGAAAUAUGUAGAACCUAUUUUACAUGGAUUGAAAAAUCAGAAUAAUUUCAACGAAAUCGUUCAUUGUUUAUCGGAGAGAUUAAAUAUGAACGUUUGGACUAUAGUCUAUAAAUCUUUGAUUGUUAUACAUCUAAUGAUAGAUACCGAUAAGAUGUGUUUGGAAUAUUUUAGCAAUAAUUUGCAAAUAUUUCAGUUAACUAAAAUUAUGAAUUCAAGUAAGUGGUCAAAUAAUGAUAUUAUUGUGUUGAAGAGAUACGAUGAUUAUUUGAAGGGCAAAUGUUUCGAAUAUGGGGAUUUGAAUGAGCAAAUAGAGAUCCUGGAUUCUGAAUAUCGCCAUGAUAAAGAUCUAAAACAACUGAAGAAAUUAUUGGAGGUCGAGUCACUUGAAAGAGAAAUUAAGUUAUUGAUCAAGAAUACUUUAUCCCCACAGGAUUUACAGAAUGAUUUGUUAUUUUACGCUUUUAAACUGUUAAUCCAGGAUUUAUUGGAAUCCUAUAAUAAAUUAAAUGAAGGUGUAAUCACUCUAUUGGAAUCAUUUUUUGAUCUGUCAUACGCAAAUGCGGAAAGAACAUUGAACACUUAUAAGUCGUUUGUUAAAUUGACAGAUUACGUAGUCAAAUAUUUGAAGAUCGGCAAAGCCAUGGGUCUAGACAUUCCUGUUAUAAAACACAUCACCACAAAAUUAAUUCAGUCUUUAGAAGAUUAUCUUGAUAACCAAAAGAGGGAUAAAAAGAAAUUAGACGAUACGAUAAGAAGUAAUAAUGAUGCGAAAACCAAUGUUCCAACCAAUACUUUAACAACUACAACAAGCAACAACAGAAACGAUAAUGAUGAUAAUGUAUCAUCUCCAUUAAUAAGAAACAAUGAAAGUACAGUAAAGAAUACAAAGGAACAAUUAGAACGUAUACGAGAACAAAAAAAGAUAUUGGAAAGACAAUUACAACAAGAGCAGCAAGUAUUAAUCACACCAACUCUACCAACAAACUUCACUGGUACUAAUCCAUUUUCACCCUCACCAAUAAUAAACAACAAUAUAAACUCAUUUACAUUCGAACAACAACAACAACAACCUAUAAUCACUGCUAACAACACAAGUAAUCCAUUUUUAGUUCAAACCCCUGUUAUUUCCGCCUCUACAGGAUUCUAUGCAACAAACCAAAAUGUUGUGCCAGCAUAUACAGGAGCUGGGUUUGGUGGAUACUCACAACAACCAGUUCAUCUGAAUAACACCACGACUGGCAAUACCAACCCUUUUAUUUUAAAUAGUAUUGUCGAGGAACCUUCAGUGGUACCCACAUUAGAUCCACAACAACAAAUUGCGACUGCAGGAAUUACAUACUUACCUGUUCAAGUCACCCAAUAUGCUGUAGUAAAUACAAACCCCUUCGAACAGACUCAAGAACAAGAACAACAUCCACACCAACAGCAACAGCAACAGCAACAGCAACAGCAACAACAACGUAAUAGCAACUUGAUCGACAUCUAG